AUGGAUCAUGAAUGCAUACCUGCCAAGUACGCUGAAGAAUUAGGGAAUAGACAUGUGUACAAGGAGCUUCAAAACAUUAGGUGUGAUCCUUCCAACGCGGAGAAGAAGCCUGCCAGGCUUUACCUGGAGAUGCUCACGGCACCAUUUGAGGCCGAAAAUGGUGAAUCCUUUGAGAACUUAUUUCUCAGUUCUGCGAGUAUUACUGGCACAUUACAGAAGGAAUGGAGGACGCUAUUCGGGCCGCUAUUCGCAGCUCGGGAUACAAGUCCAGAAGACAGCUAUUUCGAAGCAGGAACAAGAGUCUUUCUGUUUCCACCGUCAUUAUGCUCUAGUGACCAAGUUCAAACGCGCGGGCUUACAAUUGACAUUUACGGAAGGCGUGUGAAUGGGCUACACAGCAUCGUCGCAGAUGGUAACACAUUACAUCCAAAACCACUAGGACGCCAAGCCCAGCUUUAUUGCGUUCAUGGGGUGUGUUCUGAAGGAGUCGAGGUCCCGCUCCUUUACUGCAUCACCUCGAAAAAAACUGAAGGGAUCUACUUGAAAAUCUUCGACGAGCUGGAGACCAACAUCGUAGGCGAUGUCCCCCACCGUAUAAUUCCCGAUUCCGAGAAAGCGGUUGUGACAUCUGCUCGCAAAACCUUCCCGAGGGAAUCAGUAGAAGGCUGUGCCUUCCACCUUGCUCAAGCGUGGACCCGCAAAAGGGAUCACCUCGGCCUGAGGAAGCACAUGCAAGGAUUUGGGAAAGAUGAACCAGUUGUUCAAUGGUGGAGCACAAUCAAAGGUGUUGUGUUUCUACCCCGUUCAUUGCUGCCGCAAGUUGGGGCUCUUCGAAGGUCGCCGGUUCCCAGUGGGGUGGUGCGUGAGAAAUGUGCUGAAUUCCUCAGCUAUCUUUGUUCAAACAGGCUCCGAGGCCCUUUUAAGGAUAUGUGGUACAAAUGGAACGUGCAGGAACUGCGCAUCACAAACUUGGCCGAAGCUUUUCAUAGGUAG